UUUCCAACGUUUUUUUAUUAUUCGUCUAGAGCCUUAUAGCGAAAGGUGUAAUUUGUGUGUAAAAAAAUACGAUUUUAGUUUACGUAUUCUAACAAAAUAUAGCAAAAAUGGCUGUGGACAUGGAGUUGCGUAAAGCGUUUUCUGAUUUGCAAAUGAAAAUGGUUGACACACAAAAUCAAAUGCGAAUUUCUGACGGUCAAAUUAAUGCUAUGAUGGUGGAAAAAAAGAAAACAGAACUCGCUAUUUCAGAAGUCUCCUCUGUGCCCGAAGACGCCAAAAUGUACGAAUCAGUUGGGCGAAUGUUCGUGCUGGAGCCAAAGGCUACAGUCAUGAAGAAUUUGGAAGCCCAACAUAAAUUAACAGACACGAAAAUUAAGGAAUUAGAAGCAAAAAAACUGUACCUUGAAAAAAGUGUAAAAAGCAGUGAAGAGAAUUUGAGGGAAAUGGUUUUACAAAGAAGGAAAUGAGUUGAAAUAUUUGGACAUAUUGAAUAUUAUUGGGUUUACUAAAAAUGGAGAAAUUAAAGUCUCUAUAUGUAUUAUCUGGUUCUAUUUGUAUGGACACAGUUAAACAUUACAUUGAUUAUGUGUUGCUAUGUCACUGGUAGUAAAAACUGUUUCUUGAAUGUUGUUUUUAAAGUGUGACUGUUGCAUAUGCGGAGGCAUCCAUGUUGUGACUUCAUCUGUGUUUCUUAUUAUACUACAUUAAACAUAUCGUAUAGUAGGGUGGGGAAAAACGGGACACCUUUAGCAGAUAAUAUCUAAAUAUCCUGAUCGUGUUUUAAACAAUUAACAGCGGUCUAUGAAAGUCGUGAUGAUACGGUUUUAUAAUUCUUUGAAUAUUCUUUGUUUGAGGAAGAAAAAAUAGAAUGGAAAUGUGUUCUAUCAUCCCCCACCCUACUAUAUGUAACAUUACAUUGUUAUUAUUUUAGUGUAUAUGUUGUAUACAAAGGCAGUAAUGUUGUAACUGAUCUGUCUCUUAUUAUACAGCAGACACAUUUCAUGUAGCAUUACAUUUAUUGUGCAUGUUCCACAUCUACAUUAAUUUAAAAUGCAUGUUUCAAAACCCAAGUUGAUAAAUUCUGUUAUUUUUGUUGCAAAUUCUAUGACUGAAUAAUACCCAUUGUUUUGUAAUAAUACAG